UGUAUAUUGAUAUUAAACUGGGGCGUUAUAUUAAAAGAUGUAUAUUCAUAAGAGGACCUAUUUUAUUUUUAUAUGAAAACACUUUGUAUUUCGCCAAUAAGUAAAUUUGAUUUAUAGCAUACCCCAUUAUUAUUAACAAAUGUUGACAUUGUUAAAACAGUGAUAAUGAGACGCGCAUAAAAUAAGAGAAACAUUAAGAUCAUUCAUUGAUAAGAAAUAUCUUACAUAAUUAUUAAAUAGAAUCGUAAGACUGGACAAUGUCGGAAUUUGGUGCUGAACAUCCAAGGAACCUAAUACCUGAACUGUGCAAGCAGUUCUAUCACUUAGGAUGGGUGACUGGCACAGGAGGGGGAAUAUCUAUAAAAGAAGGAGAGAAAAUCUACAUAGCACCAUCUGGAGUACAGAAAGAGAGGAUGAAGCCAGAUGAUUUGUUUGUGCAAAAUAUUAAUGACGAAGACUUAGAACUGCCUCCACCGGAGAAAAACCUCAAGAAGAGUCAAUGUACUCCAUUGUUUAUGCUGGCUUACCGGUGCCGCGGCGCGGGCUCAGUUAUUCACACACAUUCACCGCACGCCGUGCGCUGCACAUUGCUAUACGAUAAGGAAUUUGUUAUCACACACCAGGAGAUGAUCAAGGGUAUAAAAGAUUCGCAACUAGGCCGUUACCUUCGUUAUGAUGAGAAACUAGUGGUUCCUGUAAUAGAGAAUACACCAUUUGAGCGGGAUCUUGCUCAGAGUUUGGGAGAGGCGAUGGAGAAGUACCCCGGGACUUGCGCUGUGUUAGUACGUAGACAUGGAGUCUAUGUGUGGGGGGAUAGCUGGCAGCAGGCAAAGACCAUGAUGGAAUGCUAUGAUUACUUAUUUGAAAUGGCUGUAGAAAUGAAGAAAUUGGGUCUAGAUCCGGGAUUCAAUCCAGAAACUUCUAAAUAAUAUGUAUAACUAUAUUUUAUAUUGCAGUUGUUUUUUACAAAGAUCAAACAUUUUAUUAAAUAAAAGAUAUUGUUUAGA